AUUGGAUCCUUACUCUCUUCGCCAUCUUGACCUAAAUCCUUUACUAUUUAUUAACUCCAACUUCAACUUCUAUAAAGUAUCAACAAACAACAAGACAUAAUGAAACUUUCUCCAUCCUGGUUGAUUUUAAUGUGAAACUUAAUCAAUUUCUUCAAGCAAUUUUUUUAAUUAUGAUUCUAAGCCUAUUCACAUCUUCAUCCAUUUGAUCGCUGGUACUAUGGUAUCUAAUAUACCUAUCGCUGGUACAUUCUCUAUUGAUACAAAUGAAGAUUCCAAAGAUCGCAUAUUAUUUACUCUUCAGGUAGCUGUAAAACAGAUACAGCAUUGUUAUAGUUUACAAAGUGAAGGUAAUGAUCUUACAGUUGAGGUUAGAGAAGUUAAGCAGCUUUGUGAAAGUAUUGACAAAGCACUUUUUCAUGGCUUAAAAUGUUAUGACAAAGGAUACUGGUGUUUUGUGAAGGAGUUUACUCACAGUUGUACCAGUGACUUUCUGAAAAAGCUAAAAAACGCACAGACUGAUGUACAACGUGGUCGAGCAUGGCUGAGUUUAGCGCUGAAAGAAGCAACUUUGGAAAGCUAUUUUCGCUCCUUCUCACAAAAUGGAAAACUAUUAAAAAAACACUAUAAAUCUCUUGCCUUGUUAUGUGAUGAACAGAGAAUGCAGCUAAUAUUGAUGUUAAUGGCAGGAUUGGAGUAUGUUCCUAUCGACUUAGAUGUGCAAAAAAUAAUGUUUGGAAGUGGCCUAUCUUUUUUUGAUGGGUUUACAUCUUUAAGGUCUUAUAGUUAUCCAAGCUCGCAAGUAAGACUCUUUUAUCUUUCAGUAUUUUUGUGUUUACACAGUGUUUUCACUACAGC